GGCGUUCCCCUACCCAGGCGUCCCUCCGUCGGUUGGCUCGGGAUCGAUUGGCGUGCGGCCCGCCGACCCCGCGCACCACCGAGGAGGCGGCCGCCGCCGGGAGCCCAGAGUGAGACUGUAAUUAUGGAACAGAAAUCCAGAAAAUGACAGAAAAACAUUAGUUGCCCUCUUCUAGGACAGUCAUGUUGGAAGGAUUGGUAGCCUGGGUCCUCAACACCUAUUUGGGCAAAUAUGUCAAUAACCUGAACACAGACCAACUUUCAGUUGCUCUUCUAAAGGGUGCUGUUGAAUUGGAAAACUUGCCACUAAAGAAAGAUGCCUUGAAGGAACUGGAAUUACCAUUUGAAGUAAAGGCAGGUUUUAUUGGCAAAAUAACACUACAGAUACCUUUUUAUCGCCCACAUGUGGAUCCAUGGGUGAUAUCUGUCUCAAAGCUACACUUAAUUGGUGCACCAGAAAAAAAAGAAGAUUUUGAUGAGGAAAGGGAGAAGUCUCAAGAAAGAGAACACAAGAAAGCCCUUCUUCUAGCACUUGAAGAAAAAUGGAAAAAAGAACGACAACAGAAAGGGGAAUCUUACUGGUACUCGGUUACUGCAUCUGUAGUCACAAGAAUUGUAGAAAACAUUGAAUUAAAAAUUCAGGAUGUCCAUUUGAGAUUUGAAGAUGGUGUCACAAAUCCUUUGCAGCCAUUUGCGUUUGGCAUAUGCAUCAAAAAUGUAUCAAUGCAAAAUGCGGUAUUUGAACCAGUAGAGAAGCUGAUGCGGAAAAAACAGUUGGAUGUUGCUGACUUCAGCAUUUAUUGGGAUACUAACUGCACAUUAUUGGGUGACCUGCCUCCUGGUCAGCUACAGGAAGCAAUGGAUAAGAGUAUGGAAAGUCGUGAUCAUAAUUACAUCAUGGAACCUGUAUGCACUUCUGCUCUUCUUAAGAGAAAUUGUUCUAAGGAGCCUUUAAGAUCACGCCAGACUCCGCGGCUUGAGUGUGACAUCCAGCUUGAGACUAUACCCUUGAAACUUUCACAGAUGCAGUAUCAGCAGAUCAUGGGAUUUUUAAAGGAACUGGCUAGAAAGGAACGACAGCUUAAAUUCAGGAAGUGGAGACCAAAGGUUACAGUAACAGAGAACUGCCGAGAAUGGUGGAUCUUUGCUUUGAAUGCUAAUCUUUCGGAGAUCAGGGAGCAGAGACAACGUUCUACCUGGGAGUUUGCAUUACAUCGAGCCCAAGAUGCAGUGUCUUACACUGACAUGUAUUAUAGCAAGUUGAAGGGGGAACCACUGUCUACUGCAGAGCAGGCAGAAAUGCAUCGUAUUGAGGAUGAGCAAACUUACGAAGAGUUGAAGAUACUAUAUGAGAUAGUUCAUGAUAAAUUUCAUGACUUAGCUGAGAGUGUUAAAGAGCCACUGCCCGAUUCCCCUGGAGGUUCCCCUACAGCAGAAUCUGCCCAUGCCAGUAGCACUGGAAUGCUGCAGUAUCUUCAGUCUUGGUUUCCUGGUUGGGGAGGUUGGUAUGGAUAUGCUCAGCAAACAUAUGAAGGUGAACCUUUUGAAGGGCUGCUGCCAGACCCAAAGGAACAGUGGAAUCCAGAAGACAUACUAGGUGCAGAUGAAUUUUUUGAUCCUGCUGCAGAUGCUUCUAGCAUGAAUACCUUUACAAAGAGAGAUCAUGUUUUUGCUAAGUUAAAUCUACAGUUGCAGGGUGGCUCUUUCACUCUGUUGCAUAAGGAGAAGAAGGUGGUGCAUGCUGAGGAGACUGCUUUUAUGCAGCUGGAGUUUUCAGGUGUAAAGAUCCUAGCAGAAUCCCUUCCUCGCAGAAAUUCUUCCCUUCUCAAAGUUCAGCUUGGUGGUCUUUUUCUGAGGGAUUUGGCAACAGAAGGGACCAUAUUUCCUGUUCUUGUUUUCCCGAAUCCUCAAAAAGAGGUUGGCUGUGUGUCUUCCUUUGGGCUCCAGAGUUUGUCCUCAGAAAUGACUAAUCAGAACACUGAUCCUGAUGCCCCAGUGUUUGAGAUGCUUUACGAAAGAAAUCCAAUCCACAGCAAUUUUGAGAGACGCCUGGAAGUCAGUACCAGACCUCUAAAUAUUAUUUACAAUCCACAAGCCAUUAAGAAAGUAGCUGACUUCUUCUACAAGGGAAGGGUUCAUACCUCAGGUUUUGGAUAUCAAUCUGAGUUAGAGGCAAGAGUGGCUGAAGCUGCCAGAAGACAAUACAACAAGCUGAAAAUGCAGACAAAAGCUGAAAUCAGGCAAACUAUUGAUCGUUUACUAGUGGGAGACUUCAUUGAAAACAGCAAAAGCUGGACCGUGUGCCUUGAUAUUUCUGCCCCUCAGGUGAUCUUUCCUGAUGAUUUUAAAUUUGUGGAUCCAGUGUUAGUUGUUGUAGAUCUGGGAAGAAUAUUACUUACUAAUUCUCAAGAAGAAUCUAAAAGGAGUGCAGAUACUUUUUCUUCAGAAGUCAAUGAAUUGAGUGAUGAGGAAUAUAAAACACCUCUUGCAACUCCUCCCAAUACUCCACCACCAGAAUCUAACACUAAUAGUGGCAUCAAAAUGUCUGAAUUUACUGGAGUAGAAAUAAGUGAAGAGCAGCUACAAGCACACUUAAUGAGUAAAAAAAUGUAUGAGAGAUACACACUUUCAUUUAUGGACCUUCAGAUCAUGGUGGGCCGAGUGAAAGACAACUGGAAACACGUUCAGGAUAGUGAUGUGGGUCCAACUCAUGUGGUAGAAAAAUUCAAUGUUCACCUGCAGUUGGAGCGCAGAUUGAUAUAUACGUCUGACCCAAAAUACCCAGGAGCUGUCUUGUCUGGCACUCUGCCAGACUUGAAAAUUCAUAUCAAUGAAGACAAAAUAUCAGCUCUGAAGAACUGUUGUACACAGCUGAGUACAUCUGAAACUAAGUCUUCUGAUGCCCUACAUUUAGGGAAAGACAAGAUUUUUGCAGAGGUAGACCAACUUGGCAGUUUGCAUGAUUCUGUAAUGAAUCUAACACAGAGUGUUGUAAUGCUAGAGCAACAUACCAGGGAAGUUCUUGUUGAAUCUCAGCUGCUUUUGGCUGAAUUCAAAGUAAACUGUAUGCAGUUGGGUGUUGAAAGUAAUGGACGAUAUAUCUCUGUACUCAAGGUUUUUGGCACCAAUGCCCAUUUUGUGAAAAGGCCAUAUGAUGUAGAAGUGUCCCUGACUGUUCAUGGCCUGUUACUGGUUGAUACUAUGCAAACAUAUGGAACAGAUUUUGAUCUUUUGAUGGCUUCUCAUAAGAAUCUGAGUUUUGAUGUGCCAACAGGAAGUCUUCGAGACAGCAGGGCUCAGUCGCCAGUUUACGGACCAUACGAUGCACGUCCCAUUGAUGUAGCUAGUUUGGCAGAGAGAUGCACUACAGUGUCAAAUAAUUCAUCUGGUAACAAUGGAGAAGAUCAAGAGUCCUUGAUAAAAUUAGAGUAUCAAUUUGUGAGUGCAGAAUGCCCAUCAAUGAAUUUGGAUAGCAGUCUGCAGGUGAUCUCUGUACAGGUGAACAACCUGGAUAUCAUCCUUAAUCCAGAGACUAUUGUUGAACUGAUUGGUUUUCUGCAGAAAUCUUUCCCAAAGGAGAAAGAAGAUUCUAGUCCCCAGCCUUUAAUAACUGACUUGGAAAGAGAUUGGAGGGAAGAGGAAACCUUUCAGUCUACUUAUGUACAGAAUACAGAGGUAGCAGUUGAUAUUCACUGGUUAAAUAUACUCCUCCUCAGGACAGUUGGCAUGACAAAUGGAGAAAAAUAUGGCAGAAAAAUUGCAACAGCCAGUAUUGGUGGCACCAAAGUCAAUGUCUCCAUGUGUAGUAAAUUUGAUGUAAAUGGCUCUCUUGGAUACCUUCACCUUAUGGACCUAACACAAGAUAGUGUUAAGAACCAGUAUGUUGUCAGCAUAGGGAAUACAGUAAGGUAUGAAAAUCUCAUUGGUGAUGUAGAUUACUUUGAAUCUUUAUUCUUUAGGCUUGAUGAUGGAAAUAGCCUUCCAGAUGCUUUAAGUUUCACUUUCACAGAAAAGUCAAAAGAGGAAUGUUCUCUCAACCUCAAAAUGGCCUCCUUACACUACAACCACUCAGCUAAAUUUUUGAAAGAACUGACUUUGUCAAUGGAUGAAUUGGAAGAGAAUUUCCGCAGCAUGCUGAAAAGUGCAGCUUCAAAAGUUACUACAGUCUUGGCAACUAAAACUGCUGAAUACAGUGAAAUGGUAUCUUUGUUUGAUCUGACACCACGAUCAAGAGAUGUUGCCAACUUAGAAGAUAAUGAAGGCUAUGCAUUUGGAUCACAGCCUCUCAAAACAGAUACUAUUAAGCUUAUAUUAAAUAUAAACAUUGAAUCACCGAUUGUCGCAAUACCUCGAAAGCCUGGUAGCUCUGAACUGCUUGUAGGUCAUCUAGGACAAAUAUCUAUUCAGAAUUUUGUACCAGGAGAAGGUGAAUCUACAAGUGAUAGACUGCAAGUUGAAAUUAAAGAUAUUAAAAUGUAUUCUUUAAAUAGCACUCAAUUUAUGAGCAAGAAGGAGCCUGCGAGUGAAAUACGUCAUGGGCUGCAUUCUUCUUCAGGUCCUGCCAGUAUUAAUAGCCAGGAAGAAUCCCAUUUUACUCGUCAUGACUUCUUUGAAUCGUUACAUAAAGGCCAUGCUUUCCACAUUCUGAAUAACACCACCAUCCAGUUUAAAUUGGAAAAGAUACCACUAGAGAGGGAUUUGGAUUUAACUUUUCCUCUGAGUAAUGAAGACUUUGGAAUAUCAAGCAUUAUGAAGAUUGAAGGGAAAUUUGUGAACCCUCUUCAGGUGGUGUUAGCAAAACAUGUGUAUGAACAAGUCCUUCAGACUCUGGAUAAUUUGAUUUACAGUGAAGACUUGAACAAAUUUCCAACCACUUCUGUAUCUUCAACUUGCCAUAGUUCUCCUUCAGCAUCACUUCAUAGUACAGGCACAGAAUUCUCAAGUGAACGGAAGGAAAAUGGCUUAUUCAGCCAUUCUGGUUUUAAUUCUGUUCCAAACAAGUCAUUAGCUAUGAGGGAAACAAAAUCUUUUACUCAGAUACAAGCAAACUUUCAUAUCUCAGAGCUCCAAGUUCAGUUAAGUGGUGAUCUUACACUUGGUGCACAAGGCCUUGUCAGCCUUAAGUUUCAGGAUUUUGAUGUUGAGUUUGCUAAGGAUCAUCCUCAGACUUUGUCUAUUCAGAUUGCCUUGCGUUCUCUGCUGAUGGAAGAUCUUCUGGAAAAAAACCCAGACUCUAUGUAUAAGAAUCUCAUGGUGUCCCGUGGAGCACCCAAGCCAUCCAGUUUAGCACAUAAGGAAUAUCUUUCACAGUCUUGUCCCUCGGUAUCCAAUGUAGAAUAUCCAGAUAUGCCGCGUUCCCUACCUUCCCAUAUGGAAGAAGCACCUAAUGUCUUUCAGCUAUACCAAAGACCAGUUUGUGCCUCCCGUAAGAAGCAAAAAGAAGAUGCUGAUUCUGAGUAUCCUCUGACUCCACCUCCUUCUCCAACAGCAGACAGAUCCAAGUUGCCCUGUGGAAAAAGUAACUUUGAUGAUUCAUUAGUUCAUAUCAAUAUAUUUCUAGUGGAUAGGAAACAUCCUGAAUUUUCUUCUCACUAUAACAAAAUUAACCGUAGUGUAGAUGUUGAUUUUAAUUGUCUAGAUGUCCUAAUAACUUUGCAAACUUGGGUAGUGAUACUGGAUUUCUUUGGGAUUGGAUCCACUGCUGAUAACCAUGCUAUGAAGCUGCAACCUGAAGAUACUCAGCAGACAGUCAAAUCAGAAAUAAAUACCUUGUCAGCUUCUCAAGCCCAAGAGCCUGUAAACACUAAGCUGGAUGUGAAGGUCCAUUCUUUAUCAUUAGUACUGAAUAAGACAACUAGUGAGCUUGCUAAAGCCAGUGUGUCAAAACUUGCAGCUCACUUGGAAGUGAUUGAGGGAGAUUUAGCCCUGCAAGGAAGUAUUGGCAGUCUGUCCUUAAGUGAUCUUACAGCUCAUGGAGAAUUUUACAGAGAACGUUUUACUACAAGUGGUGAAGAAGCACUCAUUUUCCAAGUCUAUAAAUAUGGGAGGCCAGAUCCAUUGCUGCAGAGGGAGUGUGAUAUUCGUGUCACUCUACGAAUGGCAUCUGUUCAGUAUGUGCAUACUCAGCGUUUCCAGGCAGAGGUGGUGUCUUUCAUCCAACAUUUUACUCAGCUUCAGGAUGUCUUGGGGCGGCAAAGAGCAGCAAUUGAAGGACAAACAGUAAGAGAUAAAGCACAGCGAGCUUCCCGAGUUCUCCUUGAUAUUGAGGCUGGUGCUCCUGUUCUUCUUAUACCUGAAAGCUCAAGGUCUAAUAGUCUUAUUGUGGCUAAUCUUGGAAAACUGAAAGUCAAGAACAGAUUUCUGUUUGCGGGUAUGCCGGGUACUUUUUCAUUAAAGAACAAGGAUCGGAUUUUACAAGGCAAUGCGUACAAGGAUCCAGGUUUUUUUGAGGAUUCAGUUCAAUUUUCAUCUCCUUUGGGAACCCCGAAACACAGCAUGAAGAAAACAACAAGUGCUGACGAAUCAAAAGUAGUGAUGGAAGGAUUAUUCAUGAAAAAAUCAUCAGGAACAAACAUUUCUAGGCUGAAGAGUGAGCCUGUGCUAAAUACAUUGAGUAAGCAACAAGGGCAACAAUCAAAGCUACCUAUUGUACCAAACCCUGACAGCCCCGAAGAUCACAUCUGCCUCUUAGACUGCAUUGUGGUUGAUCUGCAGGACAUGGACAUAUUUGCUGCAGAAAGGCAUCAGAGAGAGUAUUCAAAGGCUGUGGAAGAUACUGGUGCGGACUUGAGCUUUCCAUCCUACUUUGUGAGGCAGACAGGAGGAAGCCUAUUAACAGAACCUUUCAGACUGAAGUUACAAGUAGAGAGAAACUUGGACAAAGAGCUAAGUCAUGCAGUUGCAGACAUAUCAAUACAUGGCAAUCUGUCAUCAGUCCAUUGCUCUCUGGAUUUGUAUAAGUAUAAACUGAUACGUGGACUGCUGGAGAACAACCUUGGGGAGCCUAUAGAAGAGUUCAUGCGGCCUUACGAUUUGCAGGAUCCAAGAAUUCAUACAGUUUUGAGUGGAGAAGUGUAUACUUCUAUGUCAUUCCUCAUUGACAUGGUGAAUGUGAGUCUGGAACUGGUGGAUCCAAAAGGAAAAGAUGGAUGCAGCUCUUUAGCCAGGUUUGAUUUCAAGAAAUCCAAGUUGCUCUUUGAAAGCUCUUCAAAUGGAACAAAGUCUGUAAAUUUGGUUUCUCAUUCCAUGAUGGCAUUUGACACACGCUAUGCUGGACAGAAGUCUCCUGCAGGCAUGCCAAAUGUGUUUAAUUGCAUCUUUCAGUCAUCAAAGAAUACUAGUAGUCCAGGAGCAAUCCAGAUUGAAUUGCACUUCAGGUCUACUAAGGAUUCCUCCAGUUUCACAGUUGUUCUGAACAAUCUUCGUGUAUUUUUAAUAUUUGACUGGUUGUUACUUGUUCAUGACUUUUUAUAUACUCCUGGAGAUACCAAAAAGCGGGAAAAUCACCUUUCUUGCCGGCAGCGAACUUACAGCAGUGAAACAACUGUAGUUCCAAAAACAGUGAAAAGUGGAGUAGUUACAAAACGUUCAUCGCUGCGUGUGUCUACAGAAAAACAACUGGAAGUUAAGGUUAAUGUGACAGGAACUGAAUUUGUGGUUGUUGAAGACAUGUCUUGUUUCGAUACCAAUGCAAUUAUUUUGAAGGGGACUACCGUUCUCACUUACAAGCCCAAGCUGUUAGAUCGUCCUUUCUCUGGUAGUUUGUUUGGCAUUGAGGUUUUUUCAUGCCGGUUAGGAAAUGAGCAAGAGACCGCACUGUCUAUUAUUGAUCCAGUACAAAUUCAGAUGGAACUUGUUGGGAAUGCUUCCUACCCAAGUGGUUCUGGACUGUUGGAUGCUUUCAAUAGUGAGGAUUUUCCUCCUAUUCUAGAGAUUCAGUUGCAAGCACUGGAUAUCAGACUGUCCUACAAUGAUGUUCAACUGUUCUUGGCAAUUGCAAAGUCAAUUCCUCAACAGACUAGUGCAGCUAUGCCUGACUCAACUGUAUCGAUUGCUGAAAAUACUGCUAAUCCUCCCAGUUUAGCACUGGUGAAUGAGACUUCCUCCUUGACACAUGAAAACAGAGAUAUAUCCAAACGUGUGUUGGAUCCUGUUCUUGAGGUACAGCUGGCUCGCCUCCAGGAGUUGGGAUUCAGUAUGGAAGAUUGUCGUAAAGCUCUUUUGAUCUGCCAAGGUGACUUGAAAAAAGCAGCAAGUUGGUUAUUUAAGAAUGCUGAACCUUUGAAAUCCAUUUCCCUGACCUCUUCUGGUCGAGAUAGCCAAGGGAUUGUGCCUUUUCAGUUCAUCUCUGGAGUGGAAGUAAAAGCAGAAAGUAUAUGCAUUUGCUUUAUUGAUGACUGCAUGGACUGUGAUGUUCCCCUUGCUGAGUUAACCUUUUCACGUUUGAAUUUUCUCCAACAUUUGAGAGCCAACCCUGAAGGCUACGCUCAUUUUACCCUCUCUGGAGACUAUUACAAUCGUGAGCUUUCAGGCUGGGAGCCAUUUAUUGAGCCAUGGCCGUGUUCAGUUUCUUGGCAACAACAAGCUUCGAGCCGCCUCCACCCUUCCCGACUGAAGCUGGAAGUAAAGGCUAAACACCGUUUGGAUAUAAACAUUACCUCUGUCUUCAUAGAACAAUACACAUGUACCAAACAGUCAUGGAUGGAAGAUUACUGUAAACAAGAGAAAGAAGUGAAUGUAAUCAGUUCAGAAGACUGGAUGGGUUCUUCGGUGGAUCCACCGUGUUUUGGGCAGACUGAAAUGAAGACUCCAAAACGGAGGCAGCCAUUUGUCCCAUUUGCUCUAAGAAAUCAUACUGGAUGCACUCUGUGGUUUGCUACCCUAACUACAACACCUACCCGGGCUGCACUGUCUCACAGUGGGAGUCCUGGUGUUGUUCCUGAGGAAAACGGGACAUUGCUGGAUGAUGCCCAUAAUGUCAGUGAAUGGCAAGAAGUUAUCACUGGGGAAGAGAUUCCAUUUGAAUUUGAAGCCAGAGGGAAACUCAGACACAGGAACACACAUGAUCUAAGAAUUCAUCAGUUGCAAGUGAGAGUAAAUGGCUGGGAAGAAGUCAGUCCAGUAUCUGUAGACAAAGUUGGAACGUUUUUCCGAUAUGCUGCACCAGAUAAGAACUCAUCCUCUUCUACUCUUGGAAGCCCAAUAAGUAGAACAAAUAUAAUACAUCCACAAGUCUACUUUUCUUCAUUGCCUCCAGUUCGUGUGGUAUUUGAGGUUACCAUGGAAGGUAGCGCUCGGAAAGUGAUAACAGUGCGCUCAGCCUUGAUUGUGAAGAACAAGCUGGAAACACCAAUGGAACUCAGACUAGAUAGUCCUUCUGCUCCUGACAAACCUGUAGUUCUUCCAGCAGUUAUGCCAGGAGAUUCCUUUGCUGUUCCAUUACAUCUUACAUCUUGGCGUUUGCAAGCCAGGCCAAAAGGAAUGGGAGUCUUUUUCUGUAAGGCUCCAAUUCAUUGGACUAAUGUUCAGAAGACAGCAGAAGUAUGCAGCAGCAAGCGAGAGUGUCAUUCAAUGGAGUCUGAAAAUAGCCGAUUUUUUAGGUUUUGUGUGGCUAUAAAGAAAGAAAAUUACCCGGAUUACAUGCCUUCCAACAUAUUUUCUGACAGUGCUAAACAGAUUUUCAGACAGCCUGGGCAUACUAUUUAUCUAUUGCCAACGGUGGUAAUCUGUAACUUGCUACCCUGUGAACUUGAGUUCUAUGUUAAAGGAAUGCCAAUUAAUGGGACGUUAAAACCUGGCAAAGAGGCAGCAUUGCACACAGCUGAUACAUCUCAGAACAUUGAGCUUGGGGUAUUGCUAGAAAAUUUCCCAAUCUGCAAAGAGCUGUUGAUUCCUCCUGGGACACAAAACUAUAUGGUACGGAUGCGAUUGUAUGAUGUCAACAAACGACUGCUAAAUUUGACCAUAAGGAUUGUAUGUCGUGCUGAAGGUUCUCUAAAAAUACUAAUUUCAGCACCAUAUUGGUUAAUCAACAAAACAGGGUUACCACUUAUCUUCAGACAAGAUAAUGCCAAAACAGAUGCUGCAGGUCAGUUUGAAGAGCACGAGCUUGCUAGAAGCCUCAGCCCACUUCUAUUCUGUUAUGCUGAUAAAGAACAGCCAAACUUUUGUACAAUGCGGGUUGGAAAAGGAAUCCAUCCUGAAGGUAUGCCUGGCUGGUGCCAGGGUUUCUCCCUGGAUGGUGGUAGUGGUGUCAGAGCCCUUAAAGUGAUCCAACAUGGAAACCGGCCAGGCCUCAUUUAUAACAUUGGUAUUGAUGUUAAAAAAGGCAGAGGCCGUUAUAUUGAUACGUGCAUGGUAACAUUUGCACCCCGUUACCUAUUAGAUAAUAAAUCAACCUACAAGCUUGCCUUUGUUCAGCGGGAAUUUGCCAGAGGUCGGGGAACAUCCAAUCCUGAUGGCUAUAUCUCCACACUUCCUGGUUCCAGCGUCGUGUUCCACUGGCCACGUAACGAUUAUGAUCAACUACUGUGUGUGAGACUAAUGGAUGUCCCAAACUGCAUUUGGUCUGGGGGCUUUGAGGUCAACAAAAAUAACUCAUUCCAUAUUAAUAUGAGGGACACCCUGGGAAAAUGUUACUUCUUAAGAGUAGAAAUUACUCUUCAAGGAGCCACGUACCGCAUUGCAUUCAGUGACACAGAUCAGUUACCACCACCUUUCCGCAUAGACAAUUUUUCCAAGGUCCCAAUUGUUUUUAAUCAGCACGGUGUUGUUGAGCCAAGGCUGUACACUGAAGUGAAGCCCAUGACUUCCCUGGAUUAUGCAUGGGAUGAACCUAUUCUACCACCUUUUAUAAUGCUGACAGUUAAAGGAGCAGGCUCCUCAGAAAUCAUCUGUAGCAUGAAUGACUUCCAAGAUAGCAAGCAGCUUUACUAUGAAAAUUUCAUUUAUAUUGCUGCCACAUACACUUUCUCAGGUUUACAGGAGCCAAGUGUAAGACCUGUUGCUUCGAAUAAGGAUGCUGCAUAUGCAGAGCUUGUCCUUGAUGUUUCUCCAAAGACUCAACGAGUAGUCCUGAAAAAGAAGGAGCCAGGAAAACGAUCCCAGCUUUGGAGAAUGACGGGCACAGGAAUGCUUUGUCAUGAAGGUUCUUCAGUUCCUCAUAACCCCCAUAAACCUUCUCCUCGGUCUGUGGACUCUUGCAUGAUUUUAGAUAUUGCCGGCCUGGCAGCUGUCACAGAUAACAGGUACGAGCCCCUGAUGUUGAGAAAGCCUGAUCGACGGCGCAGUACUACGCAGACGUGGAGUUUUCGUGACGGAAAGCUGACCUGUGGUAUUCACGGACUUGUUGUCCAGGCAAAGGGAGGAAUACUAGGUCUUCAUGAUGGAGCAGAAGUUGUUCUUGGUCCUGAUACUUCACUUGAACUUUUGGGGCCAGUUCCACCUGAGCAGCAGUUCAUAAACCAAAAGAUGAGGCCUGGGUCAGGAGUACUAGCUGUUAGAGUCAUCCCAGAUGGGCCAACUAGAGUUCUGCAGAUAACGGAUUUUAACCAACGUAGAAAUGAUCGUUUAUCCAGUGAAGGAGAUGAACUUCCAGUUACGGAACAAGAUCUACGCAAGUUAAAAAAUCCAGAUACAGAGCAGGAAUUAGAAGUGCUUGUGAAACUGGAAGGUGGAAUAGGAUUGUCUUUGGUCAACAAAGUUCCUGAAGAGCUAAUAUUUGCAAGCCUCACAAGAAUUAAUAUCCACUACACACAACUGUCGACAAGUCAGGUGCUAGAGCUCAGUGUGCAAGACAUACAGGUGGACAACCAGCUUAUUGGCACCACACAGCCAUUUAUGCUCUUUCUGACACCUAAGAUGAGUGAAAAUGAACCUGUGGAGACUGGUCCUGCUGUGCAAGUAAAUGCAAUGAAAUUUCCCAGUAAAAACGCACUGACUGAUAUAUACAAGCAUCUGAUGAUCACUGCUCGAAAGUUCACAGUUCAAAUUGAGGAGAAACUACUUCUGAAGCUGUUGAGUUUCUUUGGCUAUGAUCAGUCUGAAUCAGAGGUUGAAAAGUAUGAUGAAAACCUCCAUGAAAAGGUUGUUGAACAAGGUGGAGGACAAAAGCGAUACUACUUUGAAAAUCUGAAAAUUAGCGUGCCUCAAAUAAAGCUGAGUGUCUUCACUUCCAACAAGCUACCUUUGGAUCUCAAGGCACUGAAAAGCACGCUGGGAUUUCCUCUAAUCCGAUUUGAAGAUGCUGUGAUUAAUCUGGAUCCUUUCACUAGGGUCCAUCCAUAUGAAACUCAGGAGUUUAUCAUGAAUGACAUUCUGAAACACUUUCAAGAGGAGCUGCUUAGUCAGGCAGCAAGGAUUCUAGGUUCUGUGGAUUUCCUUGGCAACCCUAUGGGUCUUUUGAAUGAUGUUUCAGAAGGUGUUACUGGACUUAUAAAAUACGGCAAUGUUGGUGGUCUCAUAAGAAAUGUCACACAUGGAGUAUCAAACUCUGCCGCAAAGUUCGCUGGGACCUUGUCAGAUGGUUUGGGAAAGACAAUGGAUAACAGACACCAGACCGAACGAGAAUACAUUCGAUACCAUGCUGCAACUAGUGGAGAACAUCUUGUAGCUGGAAUCCAUGGACUUGCACAUGGUAUCAUUGGAGGAUUGACAAGUGUAAUAACUUCAACAGUUGAAGGUGUGAAAACUGAAGGAGGUGUCAGUGGUUUCAUAUCAGGCCUUGGGAAAGGGCUGGUUGGCACAGUAACCAAACCUGUGGCUGGAGCUCUGGAUUUCGCAUCGGAAACUGCACAGGCAGUGAGGGACACUGCAACUCUAAGUGGCCCCAGGACACAAGCAGAGAGAGUGAGGAAGCCACGCUGCUGUAGAGGACCUCAAGGGCUCUUGCCCCGCUAUUUAGAAAGUCAAGCGGAAGGACAAGAACAGCUGUUCAAACUGACUGACAACAUCCAAGAUGAGUUCUUCAUAGCAGUGGAAAACAUAGACAGCUAUUGCGUUCUCAUUUCAUCAAAAGCUGUUUAUUUCCUCAAGAGUGGUGAUUACACAGAUCGCGAGGCCAUCUUCCUAGAAGUCAAGUAUGAUGAUCUCUACCACUGCCUUGUUUCAAAAGACCACGGGAACAUGUAUAUACAGUUGACGAAGAAAGCUGUUAAUACAAGUAGUGGUGUAGCAAUGCCAGGCCCAUCACAACAAAAACCGAUGGUGAAAGUGAAAUCUGAAGUUCUUGCAGUAAAGCUAUCUCAAGAAAUAAACUAUGCAAAGAGCCUUUAUUACGAACAACAGCUUAUGUUAAGACUCAGUGAAAAUCAAGAACAAUUAGAGCUGGACUCUUGAAACCUCUUCCUUACUGCCAGAGUGAAUUGCAAGUAUCAGCCUGGAGCCAAUGGUAUUCUGUAACUAGAGAAAGUACUACGUGGGAAGGAAAUAAUUUUAGUUUUUAGCUAAAUGGAAUCAUUGUGCAUAAGAAAACAAGGUGGGCUUUUUUUUUUUUUUUAAGCAUUAGUUGUGUAACAAACAUAUAGCUGAAAUGCAUUUGGUUCUGGGAGAAGCCCUGUAUUUUGCUAACAUGUACAUAUGUAAAAGUGUUUCAUGUAAAUAAGAAAGUACAGACUGGGGUGUUGGUAUAAACAGAAGUCUGUUUACUGUGUAAAGAAAUUAAAGGAGCUAUACUGAGUCUCACUGCA